AUGGCCACCAGCAACAAAAUAUCAGCCGAGACAUCGAAGAGAAUAUGCAAUCACAUGAACGAAGACCACGCAGCUACUGUUUACGCCAUGGCCAUUUCCACACUGCCCGUUAUGCAACAAUCGAAUGCUAACCUUAGUGUCUCCGAUGCUCGCAUGACGUCCAUUUCCUUGGCUUCCGCGACAAUCAAGUUUGUGACCUGUUCUGGUGACUUGUGCCAACAGAAGCAAGAGAUAAUACCUUUUGCUCCUCCGCUGAGUUCCGCCAAAGAAUCCCGCCCAAGACUAAUCGAGAUGCAUCAUCAAGUCUUGUUUCCGCGUCUACAUUGGUUCUAUUCGGAUUCAUUUUGUGCGCAAGUCAUGGUAUUGACUGGCUUAUUGAUUAUUGCACCAAUCAUGGCAUGGAAUGGUAGCUUGGGACAUUUCGUCAACUUGGACAAAAGAGAAUCGAUCGUUUACGGAUUGAGUGCAGUUUACUUCACGGCUCAUUUGGCGGAAGCAUUCUAUAGCAUAUACCUUUCGCAAUGGAAGCUUAAGCUUGGGCGGUUGUCAUCCUUUUGCUGGUUCCUAAUGAUUUUCUUGGCAGGCCUCCCCAUCACGAAGAAACUGGUAAAGCUGAACGAGGUUCAAGAAGAGGCCAGGCAAAAGGCGAAGAAAGGUUGA